UGUGGUCGUUAGUUCUUCCUUAACUUCAUCUCUGUUAAGAUGCUGAACAUUUUUUACUUCCAUCCGGUCAGGCUGAGGAUCUCUUUCACCGUUUUUUGAUUUUCUUAGUGCUCCACCCAAGGUGAUACUCUUCUUUGACUCUGGUAAUUUCGCUAUCAGUAGCGGUUGUCUUAGAGCUCAUUUUCCCCAAUCAAUGGUUUUGUCAAACGUUUAACUAUUAUGUAUUUUUUUUUAUAUUUAUUUUGUGCAGUUGUGGAAAGUGUUUGCCUUUUGAGCUUCUCAUGUGGCAUUGUGCUUGAGUUUAUUUGAUUAUAUUUCUAUUGUUACUAAUGCAGGUAAUAUUAUCGCCAGAUGUAGAUCCACCAGUUGUCAGAAUAAUGGAUUACAAUAAAUAUAGAUAUGAACUACAAAAGAAGAAAAGGGAACAACAAAAGAAAAGUAUUGCCAACAGGGUGGAUUUGAAGGAGCUCAAGAUGGGUUACAACAUCGAUGUGCGUUUGAAAGCUGCACGGAAGUUUCUGAAUGAUGGAGACAAGAGUUACAAUCGGGAUCUUUUCUUAUUUCUCUACUUCCUUCUCAUCAUAGUUUCAGCAAUUACUUCUUUCAAGAUUCAUCAUGAUAAGUCACCAAUCUCAGGAAAAUCCAUACAGUAUCUGAACAGGCAUCAAAUUGAAGAGUGGAAAGGUUGGAUGCAGGAACAGUUUGUGAAGGGCUUGGGAAUGUUGCCUUCAAGUUUAAUUGAGGUGGGAUGCUGA